AGCAAAGUAAAUCAACUUCAAUAAAUACUCAAACAGAAAUAUCUACAUUGCCAUCUAUUAAAGAGCAUGAAGAACUAAUACUUUUUACUAAUGAAACGGAACAAAUGGAUAUUAAUGACAAUACUGAAUCAAUUACUAAAAAACUUGAACUUCAAAACAUUCAAAAUCCACUUAAAACAAAGACCAAAGGACGUUCUCUAACAAAAAGGUAUAAAAGUAGUGUGAAAAUUGAACAAGGAAAUAGUAGAAAUACAAAAAGUUCUUCAAAUCACAAUACUUAUAAAUGCCGUAUAUGUGGCCAACUCAGUCAUAAUGCUGCAUAUCAUAAAAAAGGAAAGGAUAAUAUACUUAAAGAACAUGAUGUUAAUAUAUAG